GGCCCUCGGAACCUCCAGUGUACCCGGGAGGAGGAUCGGGACCAGGGUCCGCCGCCCCCCGGGAGCUGAGCAAGAUGUCCUCGUGUUGUGUGGGUGAGGGGGCCACCGUGAGGGCUGCGGAAUCUGCGGGACUUUUCCCUCGGAGAUGCGCCCCUUCCUCCUGGAAGGCGGCAGUGUGUCCCAGAUGCCCGUGGCCGAGGGCAAGAGUGUCCAGCAGACCGUGGAGCUCCUCACCCGGAAAUUGGAGAUGCUUGGAGCAGAGAAGCAAGGAACAUUUUGUGUGGACUGUGAGACCUACCACACGGCUGCCUCUACCCUUGGCAGCCAAGGUCAGGCCGGGAAGCUGAUGUAUGUGAUGCACAAUUCCGAGUACCCUUUGAGCUGCUUCGCCCUCUUUGAGAAUGGCCCUUGCCUUGUUGCUGACACCAACUUUGAUGUGCUCAUGGUGAAGCUCAAGGGCUUUUUCCAGAGUGCCAAGGCCAGCAAGAUUGAGACCCGGGGCACCCGCUACCAGUACUGUGACUUCCUAGUGAAGGUGGGCACGGUUACAAUGGGGCCCAGUGCCCGAGGCAUCUCCGUGGAGGUGGAGUAUGGCCCCUGUGUGGUAGCUAGCGACUGCUGGAGCCUGCUGCUCGAGUUCCUGCAGAGCUUUCUAGGCAGCCACACCCCAGGGGCUCCCACUGUGUUUGGGAACAGGCACGACGCUGUCUACAGCCCAGCAGACACCAUGGUCCAGUACAUGGAACUCUUCAACAAGAUCCGCAAGCAGCAGCAGGUGCCGGUGGCGGGGAUCCGUUAGUGACUGGCAGCUGCCCGGCUGAGCUGUCGCCAGGCGGACUCCACAGGAGGAGCAGGUGCUGCACCCUCAGGCCUCUGGACCCCAGAAACCCAGGCCAAACGGGAAGGUUUUCCUCCCUCUCUAGUUCCCAGCUGUGGCUUCUGUUCUGGGGCUCUGGACUCCCCUCCCCUGACCCUCACACACAGCCCCCGACAGGUGUUUCAGCUGGACUUGGCCUGUCCUCAAGAACAGUAAUUACGAAGAGUGGAGCAGUUUGGAGCUUUCCUGCUCUAGGGGAAAAGAUAGGAUGGGGGUGUCCCUGCCUCGUGAGGGUGGGGAAGGCAGUCUGUAUUGCUAACUACUGGGGAUUUGGUCCAGGACCACAGUGGACAGGCUGCAGGUUGUGUUUGGGUUGGGCUGUAAUAAAGGCCUCUCCCUCUGCUCAAAGAAUGUGGCUGGGCCCCUCCUGGAAAAGGAGUAAGAGGCACAGCUUACUUGAUGGUUAUCAUUUUCUGACCUCUUUGCUGAGGUGAAUUGUGAGUUCACUUUUCUAGGGUGUUGCCUGAGUCCUUUGAAGUCUUCCUCUGGACAUCUUUCCAUUCUGUUGUGAAUUAUAUUAAGGCACAGGCUAAGGUGCUGUAACAAGGAGAACCUAAAGUACAGUGGCUCUUAGAAGUUUAUUUUUCUCUUUUCUAAUAGUACAGAGGUAAUCAAAUGGUCCAGGGCAGAUUGAACUCCACAGGGUCAUCAGGAACUUGGUUUCCUUCUGUCUUGUUCAGCCACCCCUAGGGUGUUGUCCUUGGGUGAGUCAAAGUAGACAUUGGCUCCAUGUCCACAUUCCACUGGGGAAAGAGAGAGAAAGCAGUUUCUUUUUUAAAGGACAUGACCUGGAGUUGCUUAAAUCACUCUGGCCACAUCUUGCUGAAAGGAACUCUGGGACAUAGAGCCUCUUAUUUGGGUGGUCAUGUUCCCAGUUAAAACGCUGGGGGUUCUGUGACUAAAAGAUGAAGGAGAAAAUGGAUGUGGGGACCCAGUUAGUAGCCUCUGCUACACGGAGCUCAAUGGAUGUGCCCAGGAAUGUUCUUAGCUGUUACUUUGCAGAGAGUACCCCUGUAAGCAAGCCAUUCAUUUAUGAGUUGGACUGUGAUAGGGCUGAUGCGAGAGCCACUUUAGCUGGAUUAGUCACACGGGAAGUCACUUCCACACGCCUUGCCUAAGUCUCAGCAUCAAGACCUCUCCAGUUCUCAUGCGCCCAGAGCUUAGGGUUAGACAGUUGACCUCGUACUCACACUGUGCUUCAUGCUUUCCUGCGCUCUUUCUCAUCUCAUUUGAGCCUCCAAGCUGCUCAUUUGACCUCCAUUGUCUGCCUACCCCACUCCUGCUGCAGAAAUGUUCAGUCCAGCUAGCAUUUAGAUACACAGAGAUGGUCUUAGGAAAUAUAUUAAUGUACAUACUGCAGUAUUGUCCUCAAGGAUACUGUCCCUCAUUGAAGGCACCUAAAGAGAAAUUGUUUUCAGAUCUAAGUGCUCAGAUCUAAAGCCUCUGUAACAAGAAUCAUGCAGUGGUCAUGUUUCCCUUUUAGCUUUGGCUGGCAGGAAGCUCAAUUCAACUUUCUAACUGUAGGACCUGUCAUUUGUGUUUCUUGUUCUCACCUCCCCCUGGCUUCUUGUUUGUUUCUUUGCUUUGUUUUUACUUUUUUAAAUGGAGGUAUGUUUUAGAUAUUAUUUACACAUAAUAAAAUGCAGAGUUUUUUUAUGUUUUUGGCCUUCUGAUUUAUGUUUGCUUUUGUCUAGAUUUAUCUAUUUGUAUUUUUCUGUAGGCUGCCUCAAAUUUUCUAUGAGAUGAGAUAGCAUUUUGAACAUAAUGUGUUCCCGAAAAUAUAUAGAAAUUGAGUGUGGUAAAUGUAACCCCAGACUUAUGCAUUAUAAGGAGGGGUUCCUUAAAAACUAAAAAAGUAGUAUAAACUCCCUAACUGUCUGUGCCUUUUAGACAUAACCUUCACUCAUAAAUUUCCAGCAUACUUCACUUUUGUUCUUUUCCCUUAUCUUGAGCACACAUUUGACCAAGAUUUAAGUCCAGUAAACACCAGUUCAGGCUUUAAGAAUUGCCACUUUUUGUCCAUCUUUGUCCUUUCCGUCAGUUAAAGAAAGCUUAUUACUAAAAAAAGGCGGGUAAUGCAAUACAUUUUUUAAUUUAACAAAUUCAACUCCACUAGCAAAGUUGCUAAAACUGAACUGGUGACUAGUGGGAAGGGCCCAAAUGUCAUCCAGCUUUUGUAUGUAAGUCUGAAUGGGGCUUUCAAGAGUAGUUUAGGGUUGUCGGUGUACAGUUUUUGAAAGUUCAGGUUGAAUGAAAGUUGAGGAGCAUUUGUAUAAAGGGAAAAGAGGCAUGGUUAUCCUCAUUUUAAAAAUGAAAAAAACUUAAACUCAGCUAGUAAAUGGAGAUGCUGUAUUUUGGUUUCAAAUCUGACAUUCCUCCUUUUACACUAGACUGUCUUCCUGUCACUCCUUCCUUUGCUUCCGGAUGCCUUACCCCUCUCCCUGUCUGUAGCUACCCCAAAAGAGCAGAAACCAGGACAUUUCUGGGAUUCUGCUAACAUGUCACCUUGGUGGGUACCUUUGUCAGAGUCACAUAGAAAUCUGCCAACCUUGACUGUCAGAACCAUGCAGGGCAGCUUUAGAGUUUACCUGGUUCUCCUUCACUGUAAGAUGGGGAGGCGGUGGCUCCCAGGGGGGGUCAUGCUGAGAGGUGAGGCUGGAGUCAGGACCAAACUUCAGACUCAGGACUCGUGGCUCCCAGCGUGUGACAAAAGGUGGCGCCUGGACCUCUGUGUGGUGCCAGGUGAUUUUAGGUGGAAUGUGGAAUACAUUUUUGUUUUCGUACUUAUGCCUUAUUCUAAUGUACAUUAGAGCAAAGUAUAACUGGCACUUUAUGUCUUAGGAUGAGGGUAAGUACGUUUUUUUAAGAAGAGUCCACUUAAAGGGAACUGUUAAGUUAUAGUGCAGGUGAUACCUGCAAAAGGCAAAAUCUGGAGGAGGAAGGAGGAUGCUAGAGUUUGGGGAAACACUAAGUUUCGUCCACUUCGUGUAUCCAUUGAUAGUUCCUGCUCUUUCCUCCUGUGCCGUUCUGAUUCUCUGUACCUGUUUCCACGCUGCCUCCCGCUUGCUUUCCUCAGGUCUUGAGUACCAAGUCGUCACGUGUUCCCCACUGUGUAUUGGUGUCACUGCUCCACUGAGGGAAUACCUAGGGACUGGCCACUCCUCCCCACCACCAGUUCUGCCCCAACCCACUGUGUCCAGUGUUCAUUCCUCAGGCUUCAGGAUGAGUGAAAAGUUUUCUCUCCGAAUCCUGGAGGGAGGGUGCGGGGAGCAGAAGCGUGUCCUCCAGCUGUCAAAAGUUGAGACUUAAAAUAUGGGAAGGGCUCUAGGCUGAACAUUUUGAGGACAUUCACAGUGGAUUUAGAGCCAGGCAGGACUGAUGUGUGGCCUUUCCCUCACCACAGCCUCCCUUUCCAUAUCUGCUGUUGUCUGGGAGCCUUGGGCGGCAGUCCCCGGUCACAGUUGCUGUGCGGAAUGGCGACCGGCUGGGUUACAAGUUUGGUCCUCUCCUGGGGGAUGGCUGUCUUUGGCCUUCAAACAGUCACUUGUGGAGGGGAUUUUCCCCCAAGGUGAGAACUCUGCCAUUGUGUAGAGCAUUCCAAAAUCAGUCUCUUGGGUUAGAAGGGACCCUUGAGGUCACACAGUUUGACCAUCAUUCAGUAUUCACAUCUUUACACCAUCCCUCCCAGAGAUCAUGCAGCAUUAGCUUGGCCUCAUCUAGGGAAGUCUGUUCUCUGUGUAUUUCAUUUUUGUCAUUACCUCUGAGACAAAAAGCAAAGCAAAGCAUACCUGUCCUUUCCCUUGCAGGUUGUGGAGACUGUGUGGUACUUAAUGAGGGAGUAGACCAUUAGUUGGGGCUAUAGUAUGAGCAAGCCAUGACUCUUCAAUGCACUGUGGGUUCUCAGCCCCUGAGGGGAGCCUCAGGAGGCCUAAAAUGCCUUGAAAGUGGACACGGCUUUGUGUAUACGUGCAGUUUUCUGGGAAUAGGAUUUAUAGGGUUCAUUAGAGUAUUUCAAAGAUCCAUGGUCCAAAAAAAGAAUCUCUAAAGCGAGUACAUUGUGAAGGGAAAGAGCAGGAAGACAAAGAUAAAUCAGGUGUGACAUACAUCCGGCUGACUUACUGCAAGCGAGACCUUCCACUGACUUCUGAAUCCUCACCUCGGGUCCCAUCUCGGGAUUUCCCUCCUUCAUUUUAUAGGUCUUCAGGCCUUUCAGUCAGUUUCUGGGAAGCUGGACUGUGUUCCUGCUCUUUUCUUUCCUAUAGGUUCCUGCUUCUCAUCUUGUCACUACAUAUACAUACACACAACCUCUCAGAAAUGAGUAGGAGCAAAUAUGUGUGAAGCAAUCUUUAUAGUACUCUUUGUGGCCCCAGGCGUUACUCUUCCAUUAUGACACACUCCAUGGGAUCUGAAAAUUAUCCUGUUGUAAUGGCAUUUUGCUUAAUGAGCGUGUUUUCAUUUUUCAGGAUGGUGUGAUUGAUGAGGCAGAGAAAUAGUUCCUUGCCUCUGUGAUGAAAUUAGCAAGUUAAAAAAAAGGAUUCUUGGAACUCUCGGGGCAAAGAUUCCUAAUUCUCUUGUAGUCUCUGUUUUAUUCCCUAACAUAUCCCUGCCCCAUCAGAUGGCAUAGACCUGUUUUUAAGGUUAAUCUGAAUUCUACUGAGUUUUCUUUGGAGGCUUUAAAAAAGAAUUUAGGGACCACAUUUGUAUAUCCUAGAUUGUCCCAAAGGCAGAAGUCAAUAUCGGACAUCUGUUGUGUGGGAAAGGCAAGGCUAGGAAUGUGGAGGUGACAGGUGUUUCGAGGCAGCCUACUAAAUGGAAGAGAACACUGCUUUAGGAGACAGAUGUCUGCAUGCUAGCCAUAGUGCUGUCCCUAACUUGCCAGGUAACUUCAAUCACGUUGGCCUUUCUGGAUCUCAUCUGUGUAGUGGGAGUAAUGAUGCCCUCUUUCCGUAUUUCAUAAGCUUGUUGAGAGGCUCAAGGGUGAAUAGAUGUAAAGAGUGCUUUGGAGGCAAGGUGAUGCUGUCUCUGCUCUUGCUUCUUUUUAAUGGUGCUAAAGGUAUUGUGUAUAGUUAGGAUGUUUGAGAUAGGAAGCUAUAGGGUUAUUACUGCUUGGUAGCAGGUUAAAAUUCUCCUCCAGUGCAAAGGAAAUAGUUGUAAUAGAGAAGAAGCAAUGUGGAGAGAGAGUCCAGAGAAAGUAUCUAUCAUACAGGUGUAUUUUUAUAAUCAGUGAGAUCAGUGAGCACAGUUGUAGGGACCAUUUCUAGAGCAUGGAAAUAUAUUUUUAAUAUUUACUCAUAGUGUUGGGAUUUUACUUGUUCUCCUACAACCUAACGGAAAAGAAGCUGAGCUUUAAAAAAAAAAACAAAAACAAGAGUGGGGUAGAAAUGGCUAUAUUUUCUUUGUGUAACACAUCCAUCCCUGUUUCCCCUCAACCCCCAAGCCUUAGUUGUGCCUGCUUCUGAACUGCUUUUUGGGUGCCAGUGUAUAUGGUGACUGAAGAAAGUUGUGUCUAAAGAAAGUUCAGUGUUCCUGAUUCUAUUUUCCAUUCCUCAUUGAUGAACCACUGAAGCUCUUAACCCUCUAGCUACAAUAAAACUUUUUUGUUAGCUA